AUGGCUGCAGGCUGGGGGCAGGGGUUGGGGGGCCUCCCUGCAUCACCCCCCUCCCUACACAUACACACACAGCUUCCCUGCAUCACCCCCCCCCACACACACACAGCCUCCCUGCAUCACCCCCUACACACACACACACACACACACUCACAGCCUCCCUGCAUCACCCCCUCCCCCCCCCCACACACACCCUCCCUGCAUCACCCCCUCCACACACACACACACACACACACACACACACACACAGCUUCCCUGCAUCACCCUCUCCCCACACACACACACACACACACACACACAGCCUCCCUGCAUCACCCCCUCCACACACACACACACACAGCCUCCCUGCAUCACCCCCCCAUACACACACACACACACACACCCUCCCUGCAUCACCCUGUCUCCUCUACACAUACACACACACACAGCCUCCCACCCCUCCCUCUCACACACACACACACUGUCUCUGCAUCACCCCCUCCCUACACACACACACACACACACACACACACACACACACACACCCACCACCAUCCCCACCUCCAGUUCCUCCCUUCUGCUCACCCAUCACCCGUGCCCGGGAGCAGGGCUGGACCAGUGCUGAGGGUUCUCCACGGAACAUACUGGAUAAAGCCAGUGCAGGGACCUCCGGAGCCUGUGCAACCUUGGUGGCAAAUAUCUGAUCGGCCAGCCCCUGGGACAAGUGGAACCACCAAUGAUGGUGCCCCGAGGACAAGAGGCACGCCUGGUGCCCAGCCGAAUAAUUUAUGCCUUGACCUGGUCUUGAGGUAG